AUGAAUUUGGAGAAGAUCGCUGUCAUGCUGACGGAACACGACUUCCACGUCACCAUGUUGGUCUCUCACCACUAUGCACCUAAAAGGAAUAUAGAUGGCGUCAACUUGAUCAGGUACAAAAUGCCUGAACUACAAAUCAAUAAGGGGGGAGAAUUGGACCUGAAUAGAUCACUUCAUUACAUCGAGAAAGAUGCGUUGCCAUUCAUUAGAGAAAUGGAUAACUUGGACUAUACACUGUCCGAUGUUCUUCUUGGUAGCAAAGACAUCUUGAAUAGACUGAAAGAAGAAAAGUUUGAUCUGUUGUUCUUUGACUUUGGCAAUGUUGGCUCUGGUCCUAUUUUGAAUGAAUAUCUUCGCAUUCCUUCCAUUGCUUAUUCAAAUUUUGGGUUUUUUGAAGUUUGGUUCGUAUUUAAGCUGCCAACAUUUUAUUCUUAUACGCCAUACAUGCUCAGUGACUUCUCCGAUAACAUGACAUUUUGGGAAAGAGUGCAAAAUACCGAUAUGAUGCUUGAUAUGGAACAAUGGGGCAGCGAUAGAAUAGAUCAUAUUGAAAAAAUGAAAGCAAAGCAUCUUCCAAACAACGACUGGCCACAUGCAAAGCACUCGUAUGAACGAGUGUCUCUAAUGAUUGCCGCCAACGUCAACUUUGCGUUUGACUACCCGCGACCUGUCAUGCCGCACGUAAUACCUAUAUCUGGACUUCUGUGGACACCGCCUAAGCCGUUAUCAAAAGACUUUGAGAAUAUUGUAUCUGCUGCCACUAACGGAGUUAUUGUGAUGAGUUUUGGAACACUCGUGCCGACGUUCGAUGUUCACAAAGCAGAGAUUUUGGCCAAAGUAUUUUCCAAGCUCUCACAGACUGUUAUCUGGCGUUAUCAAGGUGUUCCUCCUAAGUCUCUGGGAAGUAACACACACCUGGUAGAAUGGCUGCCACAGAAUGAUCUUCUUGCCCAUCCUAACACCAAACUGUUCAUCACCCACUGUGGAGUAAGUAGCACGUGGGAAACGCUGUACCAUGCUGUUCCCGUGGUUGCAAUUCCACUUCUUUGGGAUCAACACCACCAUGCAAGGAAAUUGAAGGAGCGUGCGAAAAUGGGUGAAAUUAUAAACUUUGGCACCCUGAAUGAAGAAGAAUUAGAAAGCACUAUUCUCAAGGUCCUAAACGACAAAUCGUAUAAAGAGAACGCGGUUAAGAUGUCCAAACUUCUACAAGACACCCCAAUGUCGGGACAGGAGGAACUGUUGUAUUGGAUUAAGUAUGUUAUACGACACAAUGGAACUCUUCACUUUCACUCUCAGGCUGCUUACAGUCUGAACUGGUAUCAGUAUUAUCUAAUGGAUGUCAUUGCAUACAAAACUGUAGUGAGUUGUUUGUAUUAUUUAGCUUGCGUUUUGCCUUUAGUUAUUGUUUGGAAAGUACUUAAAUUUGUAUUCUAUGGCAAAAAAUACAAAAAGGCAUGA